AUUCUGGCAGCAGGAACCUUUUCUGUCGCUCGCUCACCGAAUUUCUCACCGCCUGAGGGCGUUCUUUCCCGUUUGAUCUCCCUGCUCAACUUGUCUAACUUCCUUUUCGUUCAUUUCGGGCGUCCGAGUUUCAUUCAUGCUCAUUUUCUCUCCUUAUUCACCUUCUUUCCUUUAUUUUUAUCCCAUACUCCCAACAAGGCUGGUCGCCAAGCCAUCUGAUAAAGCACCUUCCCGUCCCGUUUCUUGAACGCCACUGUGUUCUGAAGAGACAUUGGUGCAGAUUAAUCCAUCGCAGCCUCACCAAUUGGAAAUCUUCCCAGCUAGUGUGGGUCCUUGGCGUUCAGUAUUGCUUCUUCCACCGACGCCACAUCUUCUCAAUGAAAGGUAUUUUCCGGAAAAGCAACAAGAAUAGAUAUAAAACCCCUCUCAACACUACACUCCUGUCGCGAGUGAGAAUACAAUCUCGAAAUAAUGGCAGCAGCACCACUUUCCCCGCCGUCAAGCGACGAUAUCUUCAGGUAUCGCUACCAGCAUGGCACGAAUCUCGGCUCGAUAUUCGUCCUUGAACGAUGGCUUACUGGAAGUAUGUAUGUCGAUGCCAUACCCGGUGACGCAGAACUGGAUGCCAUAAACGCGAACCUCACAACAUACGGCCCCGAUACCACCCGCGCAAAAUGGGAAGCUCACUGGAACAACGCUCUCAGCGCCGAUGAUCUCAACUGGCUCGUCAACAUAGCACACGCCAACAUGCUCCGUCUCCCCAUCGGCUGGUUCACGCUCGGCCCGGCUUAUUGUACGGGGACAGCGUUCGAUGGUGCGCCAGCGCAGGUAUACGUCAAUGCGUGGGCUGCGGUGAGGACGCUGGUGCAGAGGUGUCAUGAUGUGGGGAUUGGGGUUUUGAUUGAUCUGCAUGCCCUGCCUGGUGGUGCGAAUCCGGAUAUUCAUAGCGGGACUAGUAGUGGUGUUGCGGGAUUGUGGGAGAAUGCGGCGAACUUGAAUUUGGCGAGUAGUUGUUUGGUUUUUAUUGCUAAUGAGAUUAAUACUAUGCCUGGGGUGGUGGGGUUGCAGUUUUGUAAUGAGGCUGUUACUGGGGCUGCGGCGCUAGGCAUGUUCGACUGGUACGGCUCAACCACUUGGCAGGUAAAUCAAGUCAACAAAACAGUCCCAGUCUACAUCUCGGAUGCCUGGGCCCUCGGUGCCGCCAUCCCAUUCAUGAAGAACAUGAACCCCACAACAGCCGGCGCCUUGAAUCCAAUGAUCAUCGAUACACAUCGCUACUACUGUUUCUCAGACGCCGACAAGGCUCUAAGUCCACAGCAGAUUCUUGCUACCAUUCCGACGGAGCUGAAUGAAAUGGAUGGCAUGGAUGGAAAUGUAUUUAACGGCGGAGCAGCAUGUGUCCUUGUGGGCGAAUACUCGUGUGUCCUCGACCCAUCAACAUGGGCAAAGACGACAACAGAUCAAGUCACGCCGCUAAAGCAGCAAUUCGGGACAGUACAAUGUCAGCGGUGGCAGAGCAGAGCGGGCGGAUGUUCAUUCUGGACGUAUAAAAUGGAUUGGAUGGACGGUGGCGAUUGGGGCUUUAAACAACAAACCGAAUCGGGCGACAUUGCCGCCCCGCCAAUGAUGAGUCUCGCGGUUACAGAUAUCAACGCCCGUGUCUCGUCAGCGGAUGCCCAAGCGCAGGGCUUGCAUGAUACGGCGUUGAGCGGACAUACGAGUUAUUGGAAUUCGACGGCGCCGGGACAGACGUUUGAGUUUUUUCGGUAUGAUCAAGGGUGGUGGAACGGGUGGAGUGAUGCGAGGACGUUCUUUCUGGCUAGGACGACGGGGUUGGUUCCUGGUGGCGGGGGUGGGAGUGGUGGAGUGGAUAAGAUUGGGUUUUUGGAUCUGUGGGUUAGGAAGAGGAUGUUUGAGACGGGGAAUACGCAGAGUCAGGCGGGCUUUGGGUGGGAGUGGGAACAGGGGUGUCGGAAGGGGGUUGGAGAUUUUGAGGGGGUUGUUGGGGUUUGAUGAUGGUGUGUUGCUGAGAUGUGCUCUUUGAGGGGGAGUUUGGGAAGGAGAGAGAGGACUGGUAUGCUAAGUCUAGAGAUGAGUCUGCGAAUAGCCCGUCAGUCGAAGUACAUUACUCAAUCCGACGUCAGUUGUCACUCUGCUUCUUCUUCUCCUG